AUGUAUGAUAUUCAUGAUAUUCUGUAUGCUGUUGGUUUGCAUAAGCUGCUAGACGUAGAACGUAAAGUUCCUCAUUACUCAUUCCUUGUCUACUUAUUUUAUGCAAACCUGACUGUCACCACUUCUGCCGAUGGUAUUCAAACCAUAUCCACAUCUGUUAAGAACAUUCAGAUCUCUUUUUCUGCCGACGAACUUGCGGGAAUCCUUAAAAUUCCAACAAGUGACGUUGAACUUAUGUCUAUCGAUCACACCGAUCAGGCUCUUUAUGUAGAGUCACUAUUACGCUUUGAAGGAGGAUCUCCAUAUAUUUACACUCUUUAUGGAUUAGGUGAACUCCCCCAAGGAUUUGCUUGCUUAAGUGUUGUUUACGGUGGUACCUAUAUGCUUAACAAACCAGAAUGCAAGGUGGAGUUUGACGAAAGCGGAAAGGCUUAUGGUGUAACAUCUGAGGGGGAGACUGCUAAAUGCAAGAAAGUAGUCUGUGAUCCUUCCUACUUACCUGCCAAGGUUCAGAAAGUUGGAAGAGUGUCUUGUGCAAUAUGUAUAAUGAGCCAUCUCAUCCUAGAUACCAGUGAUUCACACUCGGUGCAGCUUAUUAUUCCGCAGAAACAAUUAGGACGCAAAUCUGACAUGUAUGUUUCUUUAUUCCCUUGGGAUGUAUAUGACUUCUAA